AUGGAUUCAUCCCUGACAUGCACAUACUACAAGUAUUGGUCAAACAAUCCUGAUGUUUCCCUCGAAUCAGGAUGGACCAUUUUGGAAAUUCUCCUUCAAACCGCAUUCGCUCUGCCCAUCAUGAAACUUCACAUGAUCGCACCCCUCCCGGAUGAGGACGAUAGUCGCUUUCGUUCGUCGCGAUCUGCACCCAAAAAGCCCGCGCAUCGUGACCUCCGGCCCGCGCGGGGGAUCCUAAAGAAGAACAGCAGCGGCGAUGUCGACGAGACGGACAGAAGCAGCGUGCUGAUCCCGGCGUUUGUCGCAGGUGCCGCGGUCGGCUAUUUUCUGUGGCGCGACGACGGCUGGCCCCAAGCUGCCAUGAAGAGCGAACUACUCUCCACGACGGGAGCGGCUGGCCAGGAGGACGUUAUGCACACUUCUUCUCAUCCCGUGUUUGUUUCCCUCAUCUUUUCGGCAUCUGUUUCCAAACCGGUCAAGGCCAUAUUCUCGAGUCAACCACGUUUACCGGAAUGCAACCCGGAGACCCAUGACGGCCCCGACAAGCACCAGACCGCCGGCCUGCCACCUCCGAGUCCACAUCCCACCUCCGAGUCCGUUCGCACCACGGCAGGCGACUGCCUCGCAAACGGAAUCCACGGCAUCUCUCCCUUGCGCAGCAGGCCGACCCUCCUCAUCCUCCAGACGACCAGCAGGAAGACGGCGGCGCCGCACGCGAGGCAGGCCACGGCCAGGCCGAGACUGAUGCCCAUGCUCGCCGCAACCUCCUUCUCUCGCAGGGGCGCCGGCCACGGUGCCGAGUUGGGUCUCCUGGCGUGCUCCAACGUGGCGGCGGCGGUGACCUUGGGGAGGCAGAGGUGCAUCUUGGGGGAUUCGUUCUUGUUGUGGCCCUGGGGGAUGGGCCCUUGA